UUUUUUCUAUCAGCUUAUCCAAAUGAUGAAUAUUUCUCUGCCAUGAAAAAUUUAUACUUUUUUGGAAGAAGAUUGUUGGAACUUUCCAGAACUUUCCUUUAAAUCGGAUGAAUAUUAGUCUCAAUCUCUGCUAGUAGCAAAGACAGGGCAAGAUGUCAAUUGUUCCAGCUGCCAUAGAUGAGAUUCCUGUCUUCGCCGAGGUCGACAUGGGCGCCGGCGACCAAUCUUCCUCAACCAUUGUCCGAGCCACCGUUGUUCAGGCUUCAACCAUCUUCUAUGACACUCCCGCCACACUAGAUAAAGCUGAAAGGUUACUAGCGGAAGCAGUAUCAUAUGGGGCACAGAUAGUAGUGUUUCCAGAAGCUUUUGUGGGUGGUUAUCCUCGAGGUUCAACCUUUGGUGUUACAAUUGGUAAUCGCACAGCAAAGGGAAAAGAGGAUUUCAGAAAGUAUCAUGCUGCAGCCAUUACAGUCCCAGUAGGUCCGGAGGUGGAUCGAUUGGCUGCUAUGGCUGGAAAGUAUAAGGUGUAUUUGGUAAUGGGUGUGAUUGAGAAAGAAGGAUACACACUUUAUUGCACGGUUUUGUUUUUUGAUUCACAAGGUCAUUUCCUUGGUAAGCAUCGCAAACUCAUGCCGACUGCUCUUGAGCGUAUAAUUUGGGGUUUUGGAGAUGGAUCGACAGUACCUGUUUUUGAAACCCCUGUUGGGAAAAUAGGUGCUGCUAUCUGUUGGGAGAACAGAAUGCCACUUCUUAGGACAGCAAUGUAUGCAAAAGGUAUUGAAAUAUAUUGUGCUCCUACUGCUGACUCGAGGGAUAUAUGGCAAGCAUCUAUGACCCAUAUUGCCCUUGAGGGAGGCUGCUUUGUUCUGUCAGCAAACCAGUUCUGUCGAAGAAAAGAUUACCCGCCUCAUCCAGAGUAUGAAUUCUCCGGUGAACAAGAUCUGUCCCCUGAAUCUGUGGUCUGUGCUGGAGGCAGCGUUAUUAUUUCCCCAUCUGGCACGGUUCUGGCUGGCCCUAAUUAUGACGGCGAGGCACUUAUCUCUGCUGAUUUGGAUCUCGGUGAAAUAGCGCGUGCAAAGUUUGAUUUUGAUGUGGUUGGGCAUUAUGCAAGACCUGAAGUGUUCAGUCUCACUGUAAAAGAUCAUCCAAACAGUCCGGUGAAUUUCACAUCAUCAGGUAAACCGGAAGGAUCUCACAAAUAAUUCAUUAUGGUAAGUGAUUCCCUUACCUAGUAAGCUCAAAGUUUGAAGAUUGUAAAGAUAAAUUGGAUAAUCGAAUCAAUGGGGUAUGUGUAGAUUGUUGUUGAUGUUGUUGUUUGUCUUCAUAUUAAUGAAAGAUUCUUCUUUUCUUAGC